AUGCGCGAGAGCUGGUCUCUUCUUCUUCGCUCGAGUAAGAUACGGCCUCGCGCAUAAUAUAAUUUCACCUGCUGCCCCGCCGCCACGGGCAAUGCUGCAUGCGUCGACACAGUCUGAACUCCGAGUUGUCAGUUUAUUCUUUACAUAAAGCGCUUACUACUGCUACUGCUACUACCAAGCCAAUUAGUAAUUCGGAUUAAUACGUUGUGUAGACAAAAAAAAAAAAUUGAAACGCGUGUGUGCCUCGCGAUAUAAUAUACGCACGCCACACAACGGAGUCAUUGUCGCAUCCGCGCGAAAAACGAGAGCUCGUGCGAGUAAUAUCAUAGUGUAGUAUAUAGUAGUAGUAUUCGACGACAACGUCAAUGUGCCUUGGGGAUCAGCUGCGUCAUUUUUAGUGCGUGGUGAACUCAUCCUGCUGUGUGUGUGUGUGCAUGCCAAGCUAGCAACGGUCGUCUCAGCUCUGCUGCGACUGCUUCGUACGCAGUCAUCGUUGGAGAAAACAGCAGCAGCGAGAAUAUACGCGUGUGUCCGUGCCAGGCAAACGUCAAAAUGGAGUCGACUCGCCAGCGUUUGAACAAUGUCAGUGUGCAGCAGCAGUGAUAAGGUGAUCUCCGAGUGAUCUUCGUCCCAUUAUACGUACGCGACUGUCUUUCGUGAAUAAUUUUGCCAAUUAUGAGAUCGUAAUCGAGGUCUCUAACGCGAGUGUCGUCGAGCAGUGUGUCAAAGUUAAUAACGAAUUUUGGUCCGCGGUGUCAUGCGUGCAGCGAGAUUCGUAGCUUGCUGCAGUUGAGAGCAGAGUCGCAAGCAUGAACAUCGUCGACGACACCGACGGCCCGUUGGACCCUCGGAUUCAGAUCGAAUUGGAAAAACUGAACAAUGCAACGGAUGACAUAAAUAAACUUGAGAUUGAGCUCGAUGAAGCUACUACUGCCUACAAUCGACUACUUUUUGAAAAUAAUAACCGCUUGAAAGAAUGUAUAAACAAAUUGGGAAGCAGUGUCAUUGAUAAAGCAAGGAUUUAUCAUGACGUACAAAAAAUUGCCAAUGAAGCCAAUCUUAAGUGCCAAGAACAAGCUCACCUUUUUCAAAAAGCCUAUGUUGAACAUAAAGUUGCCAGGGAAACAGUUGCCGUAGCUGAGAAAAAUUUCAUGUCUCAUCAACAUGAGUGGAAAUUUGACCAAGCUUGGCAAGAUGCAAUGAAUCGGGCAACCCUUCAGGUUACAGAGACUGAAAAACUGAAAACAAAAUACGACAGAGAAUAUCUCAAGUAUCGUAAUUUAUUUGAAGAUGCUGUUAAAAAAGUACAACAAUUGGAAGAAAAGUAUCGCAAAUCAAUAAUAAAAGCAGAACCAUAUUUUAGUCUCGAAGCUCAAUAUGAACAAAAAUUAAUGAUACAAAAAGAAGUUGUAGAAUGUUUAAGAAAAGCAGUAAAAGAUGCCAAGUGCGCUUAUGCAGCAAGCCUCAAUGCUUUAGAAGAAAUAAGUAAUCAAAUUCAUGAAAGAAGAGAAAUGAUAACAAAAGGUCCCCGUGAACCUGGUGUUGGCGCAGAACUUGAAACCUUUGAAGAUAAUUCAUACUAUACAGAAGAUUUGAACAAAGUACAUUUGAAUAAAGAUGAAACUGAAGAUAUUGAGGAUGUCAGAAACUUGAGAGAACAACUAGAUAAUUUAGAAACUAGAUCUGUUGAUGGCAGUGAAUCAAAUUCUAAUCAGUGGGAAGGAGAGUUACAAGCUGGUAUAGAAAAUUUGAACAAUUCAUCUAUUAAUGUUUGUGAAAAUAUUAAAACUGAUAACACCAGUUCUUUGAAUGACUUUGAUUUAAAAGCUCCACAAGAAUCUAGAUUUGAAAAACCUUCUCAAAAUGAAGCAAAAGAAAGUACAACUUCGAAAAAUAGUAAUAUGCAGCUACCACCACCAAGUCCUUUAAAUUCUAUUAUUAAUAGAUCAAAAAUUGCUUUUAUGAAUAGUUUUUCAAAAUCAUUAACAAAUAGUUCAAUGAAUAUUGGGUCAUUUUCUUUUGGUAAGUCUAAAAGUUUAGAUUCCAAAGGGGAAGAAGAUCAAUCUCAUCAAGUGAAAGAAAAUAUAAAAAGAUCUGAAAGUCUAGAUGACUCUACCAAAGAAAAUCAUCAAAAUUAUCAGAAUUGUAAACCUACUUAUUCUGAAAUUCAUUCCGUGCUUACUCAACAUCAUGAUUUGCAAAAUAUAUCAAAGUCAAAAGAUCUGAACAAAGUAACUCAUAGUUUGGAUUCUACACCUGUCAGGAACAGAAGUAAAUCCACACCAUGGACUCUUUCUUCAAUCAAUGUUUUAAGUACUGAGACAGAGAAAGAUAUAAGUAAGCAGUCGGUUUCAUCUUCUCUAAAAACCAAAGAGUUUCCACUACUAUCUUUCUUUCAAAAAUCAACGAAUCUGAUGCCACAAAAAAACACAAGCAGCAGCAUGAUAAAUUUAAAUGAAAAGCAACAUUUGAAAACUCUGCUUGAUAACUCAGCUUUGGGAAAUUUACAAGCUGCUAGUGUUGAAAAAUUGGCUAAUGCAAGGCACAAAUUGGUAGGAGAAAGUUAAAUUUUUAUAAAAAAAAAAUAAUCAUUUUCUAAUGAUUAUUACGUAACGUUGUAAAUUAUUUGUUAAUUGGUAAAAACUCUGUACAGAUGUAUAAAAAUUUCAAAAAUAUACCAAAUAAUUAGUUUAGCUAGAUAUAGGUAUUGUCUUGUCUAUCGACAUUAUGUUAUUCAUUUUUUACUUGACUUUAUAGUUAGUGUUGUGAUUUGUUUGUAUUAAUAUUUUGUAGAUUGGUUUUCACAAGAUGUUAUUCAUCUGAUGUAUGAAAACCCGUUGAAAUAUUUGUAUGCAUAAUUUUUUUCCUAAUAUUGAAAAUAUGAUGACAUUUGAAUGUAGUUAAAUUGAAUAGGAAGUAUUAAAAACCAUACUCUUAUAGUUGCAAAAUGAGAGAGACAAAAAAUGUUAAAAAUUGUUGAAUUGUAUAAAUGAAUAUAAAAUUAUUGACCUAUGUUAUAUUGUAUUUAUAUACAAAAUAAGAAAAAAUGAAUUGUAAAAUGAUGAAUGCUCUUCACACAGGAAUUUUAAAAUUGAUAAACAAUGUUGAAGAACUGUGCUUUAGUCAUCCCUCUUUAGUAACGCUAUGCAAUUUAAAAUCAAAAUCAAAUGUCUUACGACAGUUGCCAUUGAAAAGAAUGAUUUUAUUUCGAUAUAUUUUAGUAUGAAUGAGAGUGCGUAUGUAAAUGUAUUCUGUAAAAGCGAAAGCGAUCAAAAGGAAUCUCAUUUUUAGGUAGAACAAUUUUAGGAGUUCAAAUCGCGUUCUAUGUGCGAAAAAUAAAAACACGAAAUAAUCGAUUUUUGAAUGUUUUUUCUGGAACUUUUAUAUACAUACUUCGAUGAUAUUCUACAUUGUUGUACAAUGUACGAAAUUUAUUUUACGCUGUGAUUCGUGGAUAAUACUGUGAGUGUUCGUUGUAAAAUAAUCUUAGGGCUUCUUUAUUGAUAUGAUCAUCACUCGACAAAAAUUGUAUACAAUAUAUAAUAUUAUAUGUAAAAAAUAUAAACAGCUGCUUCUCGUUCGGGUGAUGAUGUAUGUCAAUGGACUCGAUGCACAUGACAGUCUUUUGGGCGUAAAUUAUAUUGCGCGUUUUUUCUAUCGAAAGAAAAAAGGAGUUGUAAACAAAAAAUCAAUCUGUUUUAAGUUUUACAAAUAUAUUGCAAAUAAAAACUUUGAAAAAUA